AUGCCAACCGUCUUACUUCCUUCGUCGGCCGCUGCCUUCGCGCCUCGGUCGUCGCCUAAUGUCGUCUUGAAUCGCAAAGUUGAGCCAUGGCUAACAGCUGCACUCAAGCGUGUUAACCGGGUCAAGCGUCCACUAAACAAUGUCACCCAGCAUACGCGAUGUCUGACCGAGACCCUGUCGUCGACCAACGCCAUCUGGACUCUCUGCUCCAUGAUGUUUCCCAAAGCCCCCGAGGCGGAGCUUCGCAAGGACGAAGAUCCCCUUGUUGAGGGGUUGUUCAACUAUCAGAUGAUCCACGUUGAGGCGUACGUUGUCCAUGUCGAUAUGGUGUCGCAGAACGAAGUCGCUUUCAAGUUAACCCCCGAGACGAUCGAAUCCUUGGUUGACUUCCAUCGGGAUAUCUAUUGCACUGACGCCAACGCCAACACAUGGGACUGGCCAGAGAAAGGGAAACAGUUGAAAAAGAUGCAGGAGGAGUUCAAUCAAGCCGCCAACAAGUUUGUCUACCGUACCAACGCCCAUGCCCUUGAAGGGAUUGAAGAGGAUGGGGCCGGAGAGCUACUGGGAGGAAGGAGUGAGGAGGCAAAGAAUGCCAUCUCGAACCUCUUCGUUCCCUUGCUUCCCCCUCCACCGCGCACCAAUCCGAUGGACCUGCUGCGACCGACUCCGUUUCUGCCUAGCUCGACGGGUCCCGAGACGUGGUGGCAAGAUCUUAUUCCUCAACCGGUUUCCUCUAUGUUCUCGUCCGGCGCAACCACAGCCGCCACCACAGCCGAUUCGAAUCCCAACCUGUGGGCCGGUUUGGGCGGCUUGAAUGACCUUCAGUUUGCCUCCCCAACACCGUCAUACAGCCAACCCUACACCACGACGGCGCCGUACAACACUACGCAGUACUACCCGACGACAGUUGCUGCCACGACAGCCCCUAUCGCCCCGCUCCCACUUCCCAGUAUGCUCGUGCAGCCUUGCAGCACGGCGGCAAGCAUGGUAGGCUUCGGAUGGGGUGAGCGGUACCAGGAUUUCGCGUUGCCGUACGGGGCCACGAUGUAA